AUGAACGGUGUUAGUCUCAACCAGUUCUACUGCCUACGGGUGUCGUGCUCAGCCAUUUCAAUCGUGGCGGGCUGCAUUAUUUUGGGAGUCUCCAGUUAUUGUGGGGCUGAUGCAGUGGGUGGCAUCUUUCUCGGUGCAGGUGCAUUAGGUUUGACCAUUUCCAUAUUUCCCUUUAUCCGGACAUGGAUGGAAUACAAUCGUGUUCUACCGUUUCUUGGAAACAUGAGAGUCCAUCCGCAGCAAACCAACAAUAAUCCAGAGUUGGCGUCUGUCAGUUAUGCAAGAGAAGGGUGACGCACAAUCAAGAAACAAGCUGGACUAGGGAGGAAAAGAAUGCACCCACACAAUUUCAGAAACGCAAACACCUGAAGUUACAAUGGAUAUGCUACAAGAGGUUAUAAA